GCAAUGCACUUGGUCCAAAGAUACACAGAUCAAUACUUUAGUCACUGUCCCGUCUAACAUGACUGUGGUCGAGCAGUUCAAACAAUAAUGCCAACGAUUACACCCCCAAACUGGAAUACGACUCCUCAACAAGAGGUUUUUAUUGCAGAUGAUAAACUACCUCUGAAAAUCGGCAUAGCUCUACUGACCGCUACGGUCACCGUUUUGUUGCUCUGUUUGUUGUUCCUUGUAUGCAGACGGAUUAGAAAGUACCAAAGAUUAGAUGGUGGCGAGGAUGAAGAGGAUGAACUUUACAACACAUCGUAUGAAGCCGUGCGGUGGUCUGACAAGGAGAAGAUUCGUCUGACCGGGUUUGUUCAAAGAAUCUCAGAAACUCCCAUCAAACCAGCCCGUGUUCGAAAGGAUCAAGCCGUGUCUGAUCAGAACUCUCUGACUCCAGCAUUCUCGAUUGGGGACGAGAAUGAGGAUUUGAGUGAUGUGGAGAGUGGGAAAACCAUUUACAAACCGAUUGGGGCCUACUCAACCGCAGCAUCUGCAGCUGUACUGAACAAUGUUGUGGCUGUUCCUCAACAGUUUUCUCAGGAAAAAUCCGCCAAUGAGAACCAUAUUGGUUUUUCGACUGUGUUCUCAGAUGAAAUGCAACCUCCAAUACUCAAGCGAUCAUUCGAGGCCACGGACGUUAUUCCGGAGAGCUGCACUUUGCGCCGUGUCAGUAGCACUCCCAAUAUUCAGCUUUCACUAUUUCAAGCAACCAAGCUCCCAAUACAGUUGUCACGGGCUGAAAACUGGGACAUCCCGGAACAAGAUGAGACGCCCGUCUUGGAUGACGCUGACCUGUUUAAGAAGGGAUACAGUGAGGAAGAACUGGAAAUGGUCAGUGAAGACGGAACGCUUGUCGAAAGUGGUGAGCUAAGUCUUAUUCAUCCGGCAGGUUCCAUCGGCGAUAUUGGUUCAGUCAGACCCUUGCUGCCAAUAAGACUACCAGAAUGGGCCCUGGAAUCGGGGAAGCCAGAACGUGGGUUUCUAGUUUUUUCCCUGAGCAUCAAACGACAACCGAAUUCUACCGUACCGAAGUGUUUAGUUGAUGUUCGUGUCCUCGAGGCUCGAUGUGUGCUUAGCCGCUACACGGAACCAAGAGCGGGUAAAUUCUACGUGAAAGCCCGGGUUCAGCUAGCGGGGACCAGUGCCUCUCCGUCAAUGUUCUCCUUGGACCAGAUUCAUUCGGCUCCAAAGAGGUUCAUUACCGAUCGAUUCCACCUCUCCUCAUCCAACCGUUCUUCAGUGGAGAGCUGUGGCAGUACUUUCGUCAGACGGGCCUUCAGAUCACCUGUAUUUUGGCAAGCGAUAACAUUGGGGACUAUGUUGCCCGAUUAUUUAACUAAACAGGAAGAUGCAGGUCAAACAGGAGUCUCUCUCCAAUCAAUUAAUCAACUUGAGCUGAGGCUAGAUUUGAAGGAACGCAGUGCACUCAAGAAAGACGAGCUUUACGGGGGCAAUUCUGGACUGACACUUCCAUCCUGGAAGCAUUCCAGUCUACUGGGCUCCGUAAGGGUACCGCUAAUUCCGGAAAUUUGGAGCUACUUCCUUAAACCGCCUGAGGACGCUCGUUCAAGACCCUUGAGACAGUCCACACUCGUCCCUGAGGAUGAGCUGGACGUCACUAUAACUGAUGAAGGGAAAAAUCACGACGAAUCCUGCAAUAAACCCCGCGUGUUGCGGUUCGUACGUCAACUCGAGCUUCCACCGGAGGAUGCUGAAGAUCGUGGAGACCUGACGAUUGGGAUGCAGUACAAUCCAGAAACUACAAAGUUGACUCUCAAUCCUCUGAAGUGUACUGGUAUCCAUCUACCAAGGGGAGCAAAAAGUGUCUUCCUGGUGGCCACGCUGGCUUCGAAUCGGAAAAUUAUCUCCACACAACAGUCAAAUCAGUCUGCUAGACUGAACAUGAACGCGGUUGAGUUCCUGCUCGGCGAACGCUUGCAAUUCGUUGUAGAGGAACAUAUGAGUCAAGUUUGUUUGAUACUCAGCGUGUUUGCCCGCUCCGGUAGACGGAUCAACGAGACGACUUCGCUGAUUGGUCGGUGUGUCGUCGGCCCCGAUGGCUUGGCCUAUGGUCAGGGGCUUUCACAAUGGCUGGCAAUCACCAAGCAGCGUGGUAUGGUCAAGCGUACGCAUGUCUUGUUCUAAAAUUUUCAUACAUCUGUUACAAAAGUUUCACCAUAACUG